AUGGAAAUCUCAUCGGCCAAAUGGUUAUCUGAACUGGGAAUGGAAGAUCCGGCUUUUAACCAUCAAUACCAAAUGAACCUUCUUGAUUACCCAAUUGAUGAUCUUGAUUUUCAGUUCUCUCCUAAGAGUUACUCAACGAAUGACCAAAUCUUCAAUCCCCAACUCGUGCAAAACUUUAGCUGUGCACCCAUUGAAACUUCUCAAAGGCCAAGAAAACACCAAAAGACCUAUAGUUGGAAUUCUUGCACCACUGAACAAAUCACUUCAAAGCCUCCUCCAUCUUCCUCUUCUCACAUUAUCUCUUUCCAGAACUCCAAUUCAUCUGCAGCUACUUCUCAUCAGUUGUAUGGCUUGGACCCAACAACUGUAAAGCCUAAGACUGAAGUGGGGUCUAAUGGAAACAUAAAUUACACCUCUAGUUUGUUCUGUCAGGGUUCCUUUGAGGAAUAUGGACAAGGUACCAACAAGAAGGCUGGUCCAUUGAGUAGGUCUCCUUUACAUGCGCAAGAUCAUGUGAUAGCGGAGAGAAAGCGCCGCGAAAAGCUUAGCCAGAGAUUCAUAGCUCUUUCAGCUGUUGUUCCUGGCCUGAAGAAGAUGGACAAAGCUUCUGUUCUUGGAGACGCUAUUAAGUACUUGAAGAAUUUACAAGAACGCGUAAAGACACUCGAGGAACAAGCUGCCAAGAAAACUAUGGAAUCAGUAGUUUUCGUGAAGAAAUCACAGGUAUAUGUGGACGACGAGUCGUCCUCAACCAAUGAGAAAUCCGAUGGCUGCAGCGACCAACCACUCCCAGAAAUAGAAGCAAGAGUUUCAGACAAGGAUGUUCUCAUUAGAGUCCACUGCGAAAAGCAGAAGGGAUGCCUACUGAAAAUACUAAGUGAAUUGGAAAAACUUCAUCUAAAUGUCAUCAACAGUAGUGUCUUGCCGUUCGGAAAUUCCACCCUUGAUGUAACUUUUGUUGCCCAGAUGGACGUUGAUUUCUCCAUGACAGUGAAGGAUCUCGUGAGAAACCUAAGAGCGUCAUUUUUGAAGUUCAUGUAG